AGUACAGUAGUCUUCUUGCUGCCAUUAUUGCUGACCUUCUUGAGAGUUAAGAACCUCGUAAACUAGUAAUCGGUCCAAUCUUCCCCCCUCCGCCCCAUCAGUCCGUCGCCCGGGAUUGUGAGCUUGUUAUUUCCUUUCUUCUUUCGCUCGCCCGGUUGUUCGUGUCGCCUCUCCUUUUCCCCCCCGACUUGUUUUCCUCCCAUUCUGUACUUGUUUUCUCUUACCCUGCACCUUGUGGUUAUUUCUCCUUCUCCAUCCUCUCCGCUCCCAGUCCCGAUCGCAUCAGUUGCCACUGGGUUUCAAAUCCUGAGCAGCGUGUCCGGUACGUUGUUGUGGCUCCGAGUGUCGUAAUUCGAUCGACCCGGGCGGAUUGUAGAUCAACCCGGCACUGGAAACCGACAACCUCACCGCGACACCUCUGUCGUUGGAGAGCUGCAUCCCCAACGCCCUCCCCCGUCCUUUAUACCAUCCAAACCGCCCAAUUAACCCGCCGAACCCUCGCUUGUCGAUCCUUCUGUCCUUUCUAUCCUUUCGAGCCUCGAAUCGUCGGUGUUGACGCGACGUGUCCCGUCUUCGGCCUCACUGUUUGAGCCCCCGCACCUCCCGAACGGCCAUUAUGGUGCGGCUACCGAUUCCUCAACGCCUGACCUCUCACCUGAGCACUCGGAGCAAUGCCUCGACCCCCGGUCAGAGUCGGAGCACAAGUCCGAUGAGGUUCCCGGAUUCAAAACCCCCUCUCGUUCUCAAGGUUAACGUGUUACGGGUGAGUGAUGUUUUGCCUCUGCGGCCGAGAUUACGUCAAGCUUUGCCGGUUGUUCCCUGUAACUGACCCGAAUCGUCUCGUUGCAACAGGGGCGCAAUCUCGCGGCAAAAGAUAGAAACGGUACUAGCGAUCCGUACCUCAUCGUUACCCUCGGAGAUGCGCGACAAUCAACCCCCACGAUACCAAAGACCUUGAACCCAGAAUGGAACGUUGUAUUCGAAAUGCCCGUUGUCGGGGUGCCGCUGCUAGAAUGUAUUUGUUGGGAUCAUGACAGAUUUGGGAAGGACUACAUGGGCGAGUUUGACAUUCCCCUGGAAGAGAUCUUUUCUCCCGGGGAGGUACAACAGCUGCCGAAAUGGUAUACCCUGAAAUCUAAAAGGGUCAAGAAGAAGGACAGCACCGUGUCUGGAGAGAUUCUUCUGCAAUUCUCGCUUAUCGACCCCUCGAACCCCUCCGCAUCCCCCGAUGAGAUCUACCAGAAAUUCAAGAGUGUGGUGUGUACCAGCGAGGACGACGAAGACUAUCCGCAGAUUCCUUCCAUCGUGUUGGACGACGCCGACAGAGAUGAAGAAACAUCGGAUGAGACCGACGAUCCCGCGAAACCCGAGGUCGUGGAGAAACGGCGGAGAAGAUUGCGGCUGGCACGACUCAAACGCAAAUCAUUAGCAGCUCGAGCGUACCAGUUUUCUGGCGCUGGAAACGGGGUCCAGGGAAUUGUAUUCAUGGAGAUUGUCAGAGUAACGGAUCUUCCACCGGAACGAAAUGUGACCCGUACUUCCUUUGAUAUGGACCCGUUCGUUGUGACCUCGUUGGGAAGAAAGACCCUCCGGACACCCGUCAUACGUCACAACCUAAACCCAGUAUACCACGAGAAAAUGGUGUUCCAAGUCAUGAAACACGAACAGUCUUAUACAAUCAGCUUUACUGUGAUGGACAGGGACAAGUUCUCCGGCAACGACUUUGUCGCUUCCGCUGGCUUUCCACUUCAAACGUUGAUCCAGUCGGCCCCCGAGGCCGAUUUGGAAACGGGUCUUUACAAAUUUUUGGACCCUACUCUUGACCCAACAGGGUCUGAGACCUCUGAAACUGAAAACACGGCUGGAAUUAAGAUUGAUAUUAGUCCGUCCCCAUCAACUAAUAGCUUGUCGAAGCUGUCCAAUAAAGGGAGGUCUCGGAGUAGCACUGCGUCUCUGUCGGGUCAGUCAGUGCACUCGAGCCAAGAGCUGUCGACGUCUCUUCCUACGUUGGCCGUCGAGGAGGGCUCGGGAAGUAAUAUUUCCUCUGCCCCGACCGCGACAAAUAAUAGCGCAAUCGCGCCCCUUGAGUCAGAAGGGCUUCAAUUGUAUCGCAUCCCACUGACGCUGAAAAACAAAGAGCGAUGGGAGGACAAACAUUCCCCGGAGCUCAUUGUGAAGGCUAAAUACAUGCCUUAUCGCGCUCUGCGUCAACAAUUUUGGAGGUUGAUGCUUCGGCAGUAUGACGCCGAUGAUAGUGGUCGCAUCGACAAAGUCGAGCUUACGACAAUGCUCGACACUCUCGGCUCAACGUUGAAAGAGUCUACCAUUGACAGCUUCUUCGAACGUUUCAGCGAGGAAAAUGAGAGUUCCGAGACCAUGGACCUAACGUUUGAUCAAGUGGUGAUAUGUCUGGAGGACACCCUCCAGGCCCUGCAGAACUCUCGUUCAGGCCUUAACAUUAAGAAGCUCGUGCCGACCUCCUCCACGGGCAGCCAGGAAAGCGAGGACCCGUCGAGUGGUGACGAUGAUUUGGAAACCGCUUCUGCCUUACCUGCCAACACUGAUCCUCAAUCGACGUCCGUACCUACCUUGUCUAGUGAAGACCAGCUCGCCUUGAAUGAAGAGGAUCUUCACCCAGAUGAUCUAGGCGAUGAACGAGGUGAGGAGCAUGUGAUUGAAAUCCGCGAAUGUCCGCUGUGCCACCAGCCGCGACUCUCGAAACGCUCCGACGCGGAUAUCAUUACCCACAUUGCCACUUGUGCGAGUCGAGACUGGCGUCAGGUCGACAACCUGGUGAUGGGCGGCUUUGUGACCUCAAGUCAAGCACAGCGCAAGUGGUACACCAAGGUUAUCACAAAGAUUUCCUACGGAGGUUAUAAGCUAGGAGCCAAUUCCGCAAAUAUUCUCGUUCAAGAUCGGAUCACAGGACAGAUCAACGAGGAGCGGAUGAGUGUCUACGUUCGUCUUGGUAUUCGUCUGCUGUAUAAGGGGCUGAAGAGCCGAGAUAUGGAGAAGAAGCGAAUUCGUAAGAUCUUGAAGUCUCUCAGUAUCAAGCAAGGCAAAAAAUACGACGACCCGGAUUCGGCAAGCCAGAUUCAAGACUUCAUCAACUUCCAUCAACUGGAUUUGUCCGAGGUUCUGCUACCCUUAGAUCAGUUCAAGAAUUUCAACGAGUUCUUCUACCGUCAACUCAAGCCAGAGGCUCGCCCUUGUUCGGCCCCCAACGAGCCUAGGGUUGUGGUCUCUCCGGCUGAUUGCCGAUCGGUCGUUUUUGACCGCAUGAGUGAUGCAACUAGCAUCUGGGUCAAGGGGCGGGAGUUCUCUAUCGAGCGCCUCCUCGGAAAUGCCUAUCCCGAGGAUGCCCAUCGGUACAAGAACGGAGCAUUGGGCGUUUUCCGUCUUGCACCUCAGGACUACCAUCGUUUCCACAUUCCAGUUGAUGGUGUCAUGGGAACACCGAAGACCAUUGAAGGUGAAUACUACACCGUCAACCCUAUGGCCAUCCGUUCUGCACUGGAUGUGUACGGCGAGAAUGUGCGGAUCUUAGUGCCGAUUGAUUCGGUCGCACAUGGCCGUGUGAUGGUGGUCUGCGUUGGGGCCAUGAUGGUUGGUAGCACUGUGAUUACCCGACAGGCUGGAGACAAGGUUUCUCGCGGUGAAGAGCUUGGAUACUUCAAAUUUGGUGGAAGUACUCUCCUUGUCCUUUUCGAGGAAGGGGCAAUGAGAUUCGAUACUGACCUUGUGGACAACUCGAAAGGACCUUUGGAAACUUUGAUCCGAGUGGGUAUGUCUGUGGGCCACAGUCCAGACAUCCCUCAGUUCGAGCCUGACAUGCCUAAGAAGCGCGAGAAUCUCACCGCUGAAGAGAUUCAAGCCGCUAAACGCAGAAUCGAAGGUAGUCUGGCUCCACCAUUCGAAGGCGACGGGUUUCCAUAAACACAGUUCGCUCCCGGUCGGGGUGACUUGUCAUUUUUAGGGCGUUUCGUGAUUUGAUUUGAUUUGAAGAAGGCCAGGAGCCUUUCAUCCUUAGCGAUUGAGCUAUCAUUGUUGUAACUUUUGUGAUAAAUCUGGACCAUGAGCGCCAGCGGGCGGAGAGGUGCAUGUUAGAUAGCCAUUGGACAUAUUGAGGCAAAUCAAAGGCCAAAUGUAAUUUUGAC